AACCAGAGCCAGAGACGUCCAAACCAGCAAGACCACACCACUGCUCCCACUGUGGAAAGAGUUUUACUAAGUUAGGGAACAUAAAAAUACAUAAGACAAUGCACUCUGGAGAGAAGCCUCACCAUUGCUCCAUUGACGUGAUGGCGAGCGGGGAUCAGCAUGAGAGAAAACACACAAUCUGAUUCCUUAAAGAAUCACCAGAGAAUCCACACAGGAGAGAGGCCGUACAGCUGCUCAGUGUGUGACAAGUGUUUCACCAUUAAGGGUCACCUUACUAGACACCAGCUGACACACACAGGGGAGAAAUCUCACCACUGCUCUGACUGCGGGAAGAGUUUCACUCUCUCAGGCAACCUAAAAACACAUCAGUUAACACACACAGGAGAGAAGCCUUACCACUGCUCUGACUGUAAGAAGGGUUUCAUCACUAAAGGUCAACUGACUGACCACCAACAGAGACACACAGCGGAGAAAACUCACUACUGCUCUGAGUGCGGCAAGAGCUUCAAGUGUUUAGUGGACCUGAGAUGCCACGUUCAGCGCAAACACAGUGGGACACCCUACCAUUGCACCCUCUGCGAGCGCAGCUUCAGCUCCCCACAGCAUCUGAAGUACCACCAGAUGAGACACACGGGAGAGAAACCGUUCGUCUGCACCGACUGCGGGAAGAGAUUCACUCAGAGUGGGGGGUUGACAUACCACAGGAGGAUUCACACCGGAGAGAAACCUCACAGCUGUGAUCAGUGUGACAAGAGUUUCACUAUGAAGAGCAGUCUGCAAUCACACCAGCGGACACACAGAGGAGAGAAGCCUUUUAAAUGUGAUCAAUGUGGGAAGAAAUUCACUCAGUCAACUAAACUGACUGUACACAAGAGAACACACAGGAGAGAUGGCUUUUAGUUGUGAUCAAUGUGGGAAGAGAUUCACUGAGUCAGGAACCCUCAAUCUUUUUUGCAUGGACCAGUGAAAUGAUGAGGUUCAAUGGGAGGGCUGUGUUAUGAGGCUCUCUGGAGCAACACACUGAGGUCAGAGGGAGGGGUGGAGGGAGGGUUGGGGCAGUGUUCAUUCUGUCACCUAUUUUGGGAUGUAGUUUUAGUCUUUAUGACUAAAAUACCUUUUAGUCUUAGUCCCAUUUUAGUAAUUUCAUUCUUCUUAGCUUUAGUUAUUAUCAGUCGACUAAAACUCUAGACAAUUUGUGUGCAGUUUUGGUCAUUUUAGUCCUAUUUUACUCAUUGUAUACUGAACAAGAAAUAUAAACGCAACAUGUAAAGUGUUGGUCCCAUGUUUGAGCUGAAAUAAAAGAAA